AUGUCUUACAACGACGAUAACAGCUACGGCUCCAGUGGACGACAGGGCGGUGGCAAUGAUAGCUACGGCUCCUCUGGUCGGACUGGCGCCGGCGGCCUAGGCGACGACUCUUAUGGCUCUUCCGGCCGCGGUGAUGACUCCUUCGGCUCCACCGGUCGUACAGCUGGUGGACUCGGUGGUGGCGAUGAUUCCUAUGGCUCUUCCGGCCGCGGUAAUGAUUCCUACAGCUCCUCAGGUCGGACUGGCGGCAGUGGCCUAGGCGAUGACUCCUAUGGCUCUUCAGGCCGCACAGUUGGUGGACUUGGUGGUGGUGACGACUCCUAUGGUUCUUCUGGACGCGCUACAGGAGGCGGUCUAGGUCGGGAUGAUACCUACGGGAGCUCGGAUCGCACUGGAGGUGCAACAGGUGGUGGCUAUGGCGAUGAUGACAAUACGACGUCUCGCCGCACUGGUGGCGGCUUAGGCCAAGACGAUACCUAUGGCAGUUCCGGCCGCACUGGUGGAGCUACGGGCGGCGACUAUGGUGACGACAACCAAGGCACCAGCGGAGGUCUCGGUAGAGAUGAUACCUACGGCAGCUCCAGACAGACUGGAGGUGCUACCAGCGGCGGCUAUGGCGACGACCAAGGGACGAGCGGCGGCCUCGGCAAAGACGAUACAUACGGAAGCUCGAGGCAAACUGGAGGAGCUCUAGGUGGUAGCCGUGGUGACGAUGACUACUCGAGCGGUCGAACCGGAGGUGGACUGGGCCAAGACGAUACCUAUGGGUCAUCAGGCGCAACCGGCGGUGCCGCCACUGGCCGAGACAACGAAUACGGUGUCGGCUCAGGACGUACAGGCGCUCAAGAAAGCGGGGGAUACGGGGCCGGAUCCGGCUACAACGACAAUGACAACGACAAUAGUUCGUCCAACAAAGAUUCCACUGCAGGAAAAUUGCUUGAGAAGGCUGGCGGUCUUUUCAAGAACGAGAAGCUGCAGGAACGCGGCGCUGAGAAGAGACGAGAUGCUGGCAACGAGGAUAACUACUAG